AUGGAUACUGCUUCACAUCUCUUUAUUAAGGCACAAGAAGGGCAAUGUAAUGUUUAUUCAUAUCCACUUACAUUGAGAUGCUAUUAUAAUAUAACAAAUAAUUUUCCAGGUGGAUUAUUUAAAUGUGUUCGUGAAGUUGAAUUAUAUGAUGAAUAUUCUUUUGAGCAUGAAUUUUUUCUUCGAAUUGAGAAAUCAUUUUCAUUGAUGGAAAAAUUAACUUUAAAGAAUAAGAAACCACAAAAUAAUAAACAAUAUAACAAAUCAAAGGAAGAUAUCGGACAUUUAUCAGUUGUUGAAUAUCCUCAUCUUACUGAUCUUAUAUUAUAUGAAGUUCAUUAUGAUUAUAUCGAAGAAUUUCUAAUUGAUACUAAAAUGUGUUUGACAAAUGGUGUUGUUCUCUGUAUGAAGUAUAAAUCUUUAAAAGAAGUCAUACGCAAUUUUACAAGAAAUGAAACAUGA